AUGGAACCUCCCGACGCCUCGGCUGGAGAGGAUGGACAAUCGUCACCCAAAUCCACGCCGCCUCUCCGGCGGCGUUACUCUAUGGAGGAGGACAUAUACUACAACCAGAUCAUGAGUGCCCCUCAACGACGACCAUCACAACCGCCGCCUUACCGGCCCGGCUCUCCCGAGCCCAGCCGCGCUCACAACAGCCAGGGAAAGAAGCGUGACAAGAAGAGGAAGCCCAAGGGCAAGGAAACCCAAAGACCGCAGCAGGAAGUCGUGUACGAUGGAGAUGACGAAGGGACCGAGCAACUACCCAACUACCAAAGCACCGUCAGCAUCGAAGGCGUGUUCGCCAAGAAGCACGAAAUCGAGAACACGACGAGGAGAGCCGAAGAUCGCCACUGGCAUACCGUCUUCGUCACCCUGAACGGUACAGCCCUUAACGUCUAUAACGUCAAGAAGGAUUGGGGAUGGGGCAAAACACGAGAUGGGCCCACGAUAUGCCCGGACAACCCGCCGUGGGUGAGAAAGGCAAAGCUGGAGAAAAGCUACAGCCUGCUGCACGCUGAUGCUGGCAUCGCCGCAGACUACACCAAGCGUCGUUACGUGAUUCGAAUACGCGCCGAAACGGACCAGUUUCUGCUGUCGUGUAUUGAGCUUGGCACUUUUGUCAAAUGGCUCGAGUGUCUCUUCGCCGCCAUCGACGUGGCCGCACCCAUCGAUGACAGGGACUUCCCACGCGACAUGUCUAUCCCCAGAGUGCAGCGUAUUCGCUGGUAUCAGGGCCAGUCUCCAGCCCUGCCAGGCUACGCAGCCACUUCGACGCAGGCGAACGACGCCCAGUCACCAAGCGAAGAUUCGACCUCUGGCGGCACUCUGGUGCGGGCCCCGUCACGGCCGUCGGAACUCUCACCCCCCACCGAGAGCACGUCUGAGGGAGAGUCUUCCACGCCAUCCGCGCCGGCUCCUCAGCAAGCCGAUGCCGCGGGCGGGCCGUCCAGGAUCGAGCCACCGCGGCGGAUGAGCACCACGACAUAUCCGAACCCAUCCGUCGACCCGCACACGGGCAAGUGGUUCCCAGAACACAAGUGGUCGAGUGCUCACGACUUGCUGUACGCCAAGCUGUGCUACAGCAACCUGCUCUUCCGCAGCCCCCGGAAGUCCAACUACAUCAUCAGCAAAGGCAAACAAUGGUUUGUGGACUGGGGUACGGGGAGAAUGGUGCGCGUCCUGCCGCCAAACUACGGCGAAAUCGACUAUUUCGGGCCUUGGCAGGUCAUCCACACCGAAAAUGCAAGGAUCUAG